UUUACUUGCUGGCUACUACUACUACUUGCACUCCACGCCCUCAUCCCAUCGACCCACCCAUCUCUCCUAUUCUCUCUUCAAAAAAAAAUCAGGAAAUUUAAUCGCGAGGAGGAGAGAGAAAAGAAAAAAAAAAGGAAAUUCGCAGGAGAAAUCCCUGGAAGCCUCUAGAGACCGCGCGAACAGGAGACCCCGAGGAGCAGAGCAGAGCAGAGCAGAGGCGGCGCCAGCUUUGGGAGCUCUCGGGUUUUGAUCCAGAGCGUUUGGAAUUGGGAAGGAUUGAUCAAGAACUGGGGAUCCUGAGUUGAAUAUGAUAUCAAAUCCGGUGAAUUGGUACAGUUUCGGUCCCGGAUAGAAUUUGUAGUGAUGCCAGAUUGGAGGGUGGGCGAGUUUGAAGGUAAGCUCAAGGAUGGAUUUGCUCGGAGCAAUAAUAGCGAACAUGAAAAUGGAGCCGGGACUGUGAGUAUAUCCAGCAAGAAGUCGAAGCAUCGGGUUGACAGUGAAAAAAAACCCCAUGUUGACAUCUCUGGAGUGAUUGAUUCAGAUUCGCAGAAAUGUAAUUCAGAGCAAAUCCAUUCAGCUAAUGGGAUAGUAUCCCGGGAUGUCAACCAUGAUCACAUAGAAAACUGCAAAGUUGAAUCAAAUGAUUUUCCCUUGAAUACUAUCUCUGAAACAAGAUAUCCAACAGACAAUUGGAACAGUUCUCAGUUUGCUCUGAGCAAUGAUGGUUCACCUGUUCUCAAUAAUCAGAGUACUCCACAAACUGGUCAUGGCUAUGGAGAUAAUGAUCUAACCUACAUUGAUUGGCCUGCUAUUGAUAAUUUUGAGGACGUCGACAACUUAUUCAGGAGGUGUGAUUCCACGUACGGUCAGCAGCAACUUCCGAACACGGAUGAACUGUCAUGGAUUCCUUCUUCAGAUGCCAUGUACUCUUCUGAUGUUGCUAUGCAACCAGGGUUUGAAUCCUCGUAUUCUGAUUAUGGUAUCCUGGAUGACCUCUCCGCAUUCAAUUGUACGGAAGAUAAAUCCCUGACAACAGCUGAUCCUUCAAGUGCUGUAUGUGACGAGCAAUUCGAUGACUCUUAUCUGUUCAAUGAGCAAAAACCUGAAGAUGUUUAUGGCGAACAGGCUUACCAAAGGGAUGCGAUGGAAUUGUUGUCCAGCGACCAGAUAUGCACUGGGCAGGAAAACCUAGAUAUGAUUGGAAAUCGAUAUUCAUCGGAAAAUGCCAUGGAACAGCCUGAAGAUCAGAAGUUUUCUAUAGCUUCAGGUUCUCAACUAAGCUCUUCUCAGAAUUUAUUGAACCAAAAGAACCACUUGGAUUCAACUUCACCAAGUAACAUAACUUCUGAGUCCUAUCCAGAAAGAAAUUGCCAGAUCAUUCCAUCUGGGGCUUCCUUUGCAGAGAGAAACUUGAAGGUGCAGAAGAAAGUGGCCAGUUCGGCAUCAGGACAACUUAUCAGUGAUAAUGUGACUGGACAUCCUGGUCAUCAAACAUUGACAAGAAGGGCUUCAUAUCCUUGUGAGAAUCAUGAAAUUGGAAAGAGGUCCUUAGGAAAAAGAGGUUUGGGUCAUUCUGAUGUUGCAAUGGGCACCUCAAUGGUAGUUGAUGGGUCCUUCGUAUCGUCUAUUUCUUCUGAUAACUCAGUUGAAGAGAACAGCUUUCGGCAGCUUCAGGAUGCAGUUAGUCAGUUGGAUGUGAAAACAAAAAUGUGCAUUCGAGAUGGGUUAUACCGCCUGGCAAGAAGUGCGCAGAAUAGGCAAGUCUUCCCAAAUACAAUGAACAACAAUGGAGAUAGCCACAAUGUAAAGGACAUGCAAAAUGCAGAAACUUCGGGAAAGUUUGUUGAUCCUGGGAGCAUCGAGACACAGACAAAUCCAAUUGAUCGGUCCAUAGCUCUGUUGCUUUUCCAUCAGCCAUCAGAGCAUGUCACUGGAGCUGUUGAUGAAGCGGCUUCACUAAAGUCACAUAAUGAUAACCACCAGGCUGCUGCUAAAAACCAAAGAGUGAUGCAUGCUUCAUCUGUACAUUCACCAAGAGGGCAGGGAGACCCCAUGGAUGCAAAAUCUUGCAGAAACAACUGAAGUUAUCUCAUGAAGCUUCAACAACUGUGACUGUUAAUAUUGUACUUGUUGCUGCAAACCUUUCUCCGUUUUGAUCCGAUCAUGCAGUUAGCAGCUGUGUAGUGUGUACUACUACUCUAGUCGAUUAGUCAGGUACAGGCAAACUUGUAACACCAAUUUAACAAGUUAGAUUGGCUUUUGACCAUUAGCUUUGUAUCUUAAUUAUUGAGAAGGUCGUCUGUGCCGUGGCCAUUCGUGUCUGUUCUCACUCACAUUUUGUGUAAUCUCAAACAUAGAUUUUUUUUUUCUGUUUUCAGCUAACUAUUUUUAUUUUCUGAACUAACACCAUUUCAUGUUGUUAAAACAAGCCAACUCUGUACUUCUGUUUUAAAUGAUUGCUGGGGUGUGUUA